AUGUCCAACUACAAGAUAACUCUAGAGGAGCUCCAAAAGUACCACAAGACAGACCGAAAGAUGUUCCCUCAGCUGAUUUUGGACAUGAUGAGGGAACCAGGCGAGUCAUUGCUCAUAAUUGCUACAUGGUUGUGGCUCAAGGAGAGAAGCUUCCCGGACAUCAUAGGAAAAACUGUGGGAGUUUCCGACAUCUUAGUCGGCAUGCUAGCUGAUGAGGCCGUUAUAUUCCUCAAAUCCCUCGACGUGUCCACCCCGCGCAUGCAGCAGCUCAAACCGGGCAUGCAUUUCACCUCUCACGACGUCAUGGACCAAAAGCUUUCCCUCCAAACUUUCGACUCAGCCAAUGAGAGGUCUAUGGCCAUUGCAGGUAUAAAGAACAUCCUCCAAACUGUCUGCUCCCGGGUGUUCAAUGACAUCUUGUUGUGUUUUUUCUUUGGCACUCCACACGUGGUGUUGGACCGCCCUCUUCUUGUCCCCGGAUUCCCACACCCAUUGUUUGGCAGCCUAACUAUGUCACUACUCAGCUCAAGGAAUAUGACAUCUCUCCCAACAGUACAUGGGAGUAUAGUGGCAUAUACAACAAAUGUUGGACUCUGCAGAGUGGUAAUUCUGGCCAUGUAUACAACAACCCUUGUAUGCUCGAUUGAUUCUGAGAUCCUUCAAUGA